GUCCCGUUGAGCCCGAGCGCGACGGAGGCAGCCGGCGGGACGACGCGCCUGGCGGCUGGGCGGGCGCACUGAAGGGAGGCCGGGGCGCCCUCGGCCCGGCCGCAGACCCUGCCCCGAGGUAUCGGCCUCGGCGGCGCGGCCCGCUUCUACUCACGUCCGCGGGGACCUGCUUGCGGGGAAGAAGCUCGGAGGCCGAGAGCCGGCGCGCCACGGAGCCCGUCCGCCCGGGGUGCGCCGCCGGAGAGCUAGGUCCCCGCCGCUGCGCGGCUGUCCGGCGUCGGCGGUGUCGGGAGCGCGCCCGGCCCGGAGCCGGAGAGGCGCGCACCAUGAGCGGCGGUGAAGUGGUCUGCUCCGGAUGGCUCCGCAAGUCACCCCCGGAGAAAAAGUUGAAGCGUUAUGCCUGGAAGAGGAGAUGGUUUGUGUUACGCAGUGGCCGUUUAACUGGAGAUCCAGAUGUCUUGGAAUAUUACAAAAAUGAUCAUGCCAAGAAGCCUAUCCGUAUCAUUGAUUUAAAUUUAUGUCAGCAAGUUGAUGCUGGAUUGACAUUUAACAAAAAAGAGUUUGAAAACAGCUACAUUUUUGAUAUCAACACCAUUGACCGGAUUUUCUACUUGGUAGCAGACAGUGAAGAGGAGAUGAAUAAGUGGGUUCGUUGUAUUUGUGACAUCUGUGGGUUUAAUCCUACAGAAGAAGAUCCCGUGAAGCCACCUGGCAGCUCCUUACCAGCACCAGCUGAUUUACCGCUGGCGAUAAAUACAGCACCACCGUCCACCCAGGUGGAUGCCUCCUCAGCUGCUCCACCUCCUCCGUAUCAGCUAAUUAGCCUUCCACCACACCUGGAAACCCUUGGCAUCCAGGAGGAUCCUCAGGACUACCUCUUGCUAAUCAACUGUCAAAGCAAGAAGCCUGAACCCACCAGAACGCACGCUGAUUCUGCGAAAUCCACCCCUUCGGAGACAGACUGCAAUGAUAACGUCCCUGCUCAUAAAAAUCCUGCUUCCUCCCAGAGCAAACAUGGAGUGAAUGGCUUUUUCCAGCAGCAGAUGAUGUAUGACUCUCCACCGUCUCGGGCUGCAUCCGUUUCCGUAGACUCCAGCCUUUAUAACCUGCCCAGAAGUCACUCCCACGACGUCUUACCAAAGGUGUCUCCUUCAAGUACCGAAGCUGACGGAGAGCUCUAUGUUUUUAAUACCCCAUCCGGGACCUCGAGUGUAGAGCCUCAAAUGAGGCAUGUAUCUAUUAGUUAUGACAUUCCUCCAACACCUGGUAAUACUUAUCAGAUUCCACGAACAUUUCCAGAAGGAACCUUGGGGCAGACGUCAAAGCUAGACACUAUUCCAGAUAUUCCUCCACCUCGGCCACCGAAACCGCAUCCGGCUCAUGACCGAUCUCCUGUGGACACGUGUAGCAUCACACGCACAGCCUCUGACACUGACAGUAGUUACUGUAUCCCGACAGCAGGGGUGCCACCGUCCCGUAGUAAUACCAUUUCCACUGUGGAUUUGAACAAAUUGCGAAAAGAUGCUAGUUCUCAAGACUGCUAUGAUAUUCCACGAACAUUUCCAACUGAUAGAUCUAGUUCACUCGAACGCUUCCACAACCACUUUAAAAUCAAAAAUGUAUUGACGGUGGGGAGUGUAUCAAGCGAAGAACUGGAUGAAAAUUAUGUCCCCAUGAAUCCCAACUCUCCUCCACGACAACACUCCAGCAGUUUCACGGAACCAAUUCAGGAAGCAAAUUAUGUGCCAAUGACUCCGGGGACAUUUGAUUUUUCUUCAUUUGGAAUGCAAGUGCCUCCUCCCGCUCAUAUGGGCUUCAGGUCCAGCCCGAAGACCCCUCCUAGAAGGCCAGUUCCUGUUGCAGACUGUGAACCACCCCCCGUGGAUCGGAACCUCAAGCCAGACAGAAAAGUCAAGCCAGCACCUUUAGAAAUAAAACCUUUGCCAGAAUGGGAAGAAUUACAAGCCCCAGUAAGAUCUCCCAUCACUAGGAGUUUUGCUCGAGACUCCUCCAGGUUUCCCAUGUCUCCCCGGCCGGAUUCAGUGCACAGCACGACUUCAAGCAGCGACUCACAUGACAGUGAAGAGAAUUAUGUUCCCAUGAACCCAAACCUGUCCAGUGAAGACUCGAAUCUUUUUGGCAGUAAUAGUCUUGAUGGAGGAAGCAGCCCAAUGAUCAAGCCCAAAGGAGACAAACAAGUGGAAUACCUAGAUCUAGAUUUAGAUUCUGGGAAAUCCACGCCACCACGUAAGCAAAAGAGCAGUGGCUCAGGCAGCAGUGUAGCUGACGAGAGAGUGGACUAUGUCGUGGUUGACCAACAGAAGACCCUGGCUCUGAAGAGCACGCGUGAAGCCUGGACUGAUGGGAGACAGUCCACAGAGUCUGAAACGCCAGCCAAGAAUGUGAAGUGAAAACGCCGCUUUAACGUCUCUGAACAAAAGAGGGCCGAGCUGUAAGGAGAAAUCCUGUUUGACCGAAGAUAACUUGACCCUUGUACUCUAGGUAGAUCCUCAACGGAACAGAGUCGAAGUCAGAGGACCUUUCAGACUUAAUCAAGCCAUUGAGCGUGUAAAUGGUGCUUUGUGGUAUCUGAACAAUUCAUCACAUGUAAAUAACGUGGGAAAAUACUGUUGUUUGGUUCCCAGAGAAACAUUUGUUUCGUAGUUAACACACUUGUAGUAUUACUGUAUUUAUGCACUUUUUCAUUUAAAGCAUUGGUUUGGGUAUUCCCGAAUGGACCUUAACAUGAUUCUUUUGGGAGUUCUUGUUUUUCCUCACACUACUCUUAAGAACAAUGCUACGUGAACUAAGCUACUUUCCACUGGGAAAUUGCUCUUUCAGCUGCAGGGUAACAACGUGACGUGAGAAGUAGAUUCACAAUAUACCUUUCUACCUGAAACUUAACGGGGUAACCGUUAGCUUAAACUACAAAGUAGAGUUGGACUCAUCAUUCAUUGCCUUCCAAAAUGCUAAGCAUCAUGUACCUACUGGUGUCAGGACUUUGUUCUCUGGUUCAUGGACAUUUGGUUUUCAGUGGUGGAACUUUCUUAUAUUUUGUUAAUUACAGUGUUUUGGGCUCAUUAAGUGAAGAUUCUGCCAGGUGGGAUCUUACACCUUGGAAAGAGUGAAUAAUCACACUAUCAAGUAAGCGUACAACUCACUGAUGGCAUGUGGUGACGAUGUGCUCUCACAUUUUCAACAUGUAUUAAACUUUACGUUCUUUGCAAAGUGUAGAUUAUAUAACUAAUCAGGUACGUACCAGGCACUGAUGUGCUAAUACACUAAUCAGGUUUAGACAGUGAGCUUUAGUUGUAUUCGUGUUAGUCCUCUAACGCUGGUUUCCAGUUUGGAAUUAAUGGCACAAUUGACAUUCACUGUUAGUUAUAGCAACAUACUGUGAUUUUUAAUUAGACAGUCAUUCAGAUUUAUUACUCUAAGAAUGAAAUUCUGUCUUUUGACACCAUAGUGCCCUUUCUAUGAUUUUUUUUAAACUUUACUUAAUAUUCUUCUUGGCCUUAUCCUAUUUAAAUCCCUAUGCAAUUAAUAUUUUAUAUCUGCAUUUUUUUAAAAAAAAUAGAUGUUAUAUAAGUGAUUCUCAUAUGUAGCACCUAUUGCUUUACCAGUAAAAGAAUUAAGGAUUUUGUACUGUGAUUUAUAUUCACUGCCCCAAUUCAAGAAAUAUUGGAGCCUUGCUAUAAUGUGAAAUCUUAUAGUCACGGACCUCUUCCAACCAGAUUUCUGAAACCACCAGAGGUAUCGUAUAAUUCUGUCUCACCUAUAACAUGGUCCUAUAGCAAGACCACACAUUAUCUAUAGUAAGGCUACAAUUUAUCUGUCUUGGCUUUGCAAUGUAAUUUAGAAAGCAGGUAUAGUUAUUGGUUUGAUUGGUUUUUAACUAAGUUACAUACAAUCUCUUAUGUACUGAUUUGAGACUUACUAACAGUGUUUGGAGGGGGCAUAGAGAUUGAAGAGCCCACAGCUGAGGCAUGUUUCCCUCCAUGCAGACCUCUAAUGUUGCCUGAGUACACAGAUGUGCCCUGAUUUCUGGCCCCUUGGUCACCGUACUGUGUCUAAUCAAUGUAAUGGGUUUAUGUCCCCUCCAUGAGCUAAAAACGUUCAUAACAAGAUGAAUUGUAGACAAGUAACAUUGGAUGCUUUUAAAUGUUUGCUUCUUUUUAAACAAAAACUAAAACCCAGAACUGAAUUUUGAGGUGGAUUUUUAAAUAAAAAAACAUUGUUUGAGUUUGCUGUGAGUAAGCUGUUUUAUAAUGAAACCACAAAAUAGAGUCGAAAAUCAUUGAAAUGUGCCUCAACUGUCAAAACACAUAACACAGUUGAUGUGUGAAGAUACCAAAUUGUGUUGCAUGGAGGAUAAACAUAUUUUGAGAUUUAGAACACAACAAUAAAUAUAUUGUUAAUUCAAAAAUAGAAAUCUUGUUUUAAAAGCUACCUAUCAGAAGAGUCUAAGGCAAUAAUGAAUUUUUUAGUGUAAUUUCUCAAUUUUUUACAAGUUACCAUUUUGAAGACCCACAGCACUCAAAUCUGUAGAAAUUUUCCCAUUAUGCAGAGUAAUUUAAGAAUUGAAAAUUAGGCAGUUUGUUAAACUAAAUCACAUUAAACAUUGCAUUAACAAAUUAAAUGAAAAGACAGUCUCUUAUAGAGCAGUAUUUCCCAAAGACUUUUUAGCACUAGAAUCUCUUUUAAGUAAACUCUUGUGUAAGCCCAAUAUGUAAAGCCUGGAAGGUCCAUUUGAUCAGUGUAACUGUAUUUUGAGUCCACAUUUAUGUUUACUUGUCUUAGAACAUUACUAAGAAUAACAUUUCUAAGUAACACAAAUGUGAAAUUGAGGUUAUAGAUAGUUGGUGAUACCUUAGCUGCCAGUCUGUUUCUAUGCCUUGUUUUAUUCGCAUACUAUCAAGAGAAUUUUGCUUCAUGCAAAUGUAAGUGAGUACAAAUAAUAAUAGGGUUUAAACACACAUUUCAGGAGAUUCUUUAACUAGAGAUAGGUAAAGUUGUAUUCCCAGGUUUAUAUAAAAGUAAAUUAUCCUGCUAGUGGAAGUUUAUACAUAAGCAGCCUCCAGUGUGGUAAAAUAGUAUAUGUAACACAUUAGAAUGUGCAUUUUUACUAAGGUUUUAAACUACACACUUUUAUAAAAACAAAAUUUGAAUCAAACUCUUUAAUACCCCUGAUCGCCCACAAGAAGCUGAGUUUCGGCCAGGCAUGGGUUGAACACCACUGGUUAACUGUGUAACAGUUGUGUUAUAAAUCAGAAGUUUUCUUCCCCCACGUUUGAUGCUCUCUACCUUUUAUUCCUUAUUUUGAAAAACUGUACAAUUUUAUGAAAGUUUGAAUACCAGUGCUCAGCUCUGCUUUCAAAACUCAAAAUUCAGACUUGAAUAAUUUAAGCUAUUUAACCCACAGGAUGCAUCACCUUAGAAAGCUAUAAAAGUGGUUUUUAUCUACACUCUAUACGUUUUCAUCUUUAUUUUUAUCAAUACCAUAUAAGCUACUGUGAGCAUUUUAGAGAAUUCCAUAAAGGUACUAUGAGUGUGUGUAUGUAUAUAUAGCAUUGUAUUUAAUCAUAGACUAAGUUUAAUUUGAUAUAGAAAUACUGCCAUACUUGUACAUUAAUGUCAUAAGUCAUAAUUCCCUCUAGACUCUUAAUAUUUAAUUCAUCGGAGGUCAUAAUCUUCAUAGUCAUAAAUGCAUUCAAACUGGAAAUUGAACACCAGUGUUUGUUUUUCUUUCUCUUUUAGUGGGAAGUUGUCUGCUUUCCCCCUUUAGCGAAAACAGUAUUUUUUAUAUUUUGUUAAACUGUUGACUACUUUAUGCCUGUACACUAUACCAUAGGCAUAAUUCUUAGAUAUUCCCAAAUACUCUUAGUGCCUCCUUAUUUGGCCCAUUGAAAGUAUUGGUGUUAGUAUUUCGAAUGAAUUAUCCUUUAAAAAUAUACUAACCUUAAACAUUUUAGAAACAACAAGGGGGACUGAAUCUUUUUAUUCCUAUCUUUGGGUCAUUGUGAUAGGUCUUAUCUUCCAUGGUUAGAUAAGCAGUCUGGUCUGUAAAAGGACUGACAUAACAUGACCAAACCAAAUGGAUACAGAGAGAGAAAGGGGCAUAUCCCAGGAUAACAGUUAUUGUCAAUAACAUCAGCUUUCUGUAAAUCUGUAUAUAAUUUAAAAUACCAACAACUAUGAGGUGAAAAGCCAUGGUGCAAAUGAAUGUUGUAGACAUCAUGGACUUGUUCUGAUGAAAAAUCACUUGUCGGGUUGUUGAGAUGAUUGGUUUUAAUCUGACUAAAUAUGUUUAUAUAUCACUACAGCUUGAAGUAAUUUAGUUCAUCCUCCAUAGACUUAUCUUUCUUUAGGAUCAGUAUAAUGCAUAUUGUGAGUUUCAACAGACUGUUGCGUCAAGGGAUUAACAUAGCUUCUGGCUUCCUUUACUAAAAAGAUAUGGCUUUGUGUGAGUUCUUGUAACCUAAAUCAAUUGUUGAUAAUCAUUCCAAAUUUCCACAGCAAAAUCUUAUGUAUAAAUUUAUUUCUCCCCUCUUGCACAUCUUCUUUUGUAAAGAUCCAAUUGUAGAUAUUUUGUGCUACCAAAUAAAACUUUUCAAACAA